GGAAAGUUUUUUCUUCUUUCUUUCUCUACUCCUGCUUAACCCAGAGCUCGUUGGCAGGCUCCGUCCUCACAGAGAGCCCGCACCAGGAUGGGUGCUCUCCCGGCGCAGAGGACUUUAUGGAUCCUGAUCCUUGCUGGAAUAACAGGAGUUUGCGGUUCAAACGUCUGCACCUCCAGAGGGGCCAGCACAUGCAAGCAGUGUCUGGCUGUGCACCCCAGCUGUGCGUGGUGCUUCCAGGAGGACUUCGGCCAGGGGGUUGCCACUUCUUCCCGCUGCGACCUGAAGAGCAACCUGGUGGCAGCGGGCUGUGCUCCGUCAGCUCUGGAGUCUCCAAGCAGCAAACUGCAGGUGAUCGAGGACCGGCCCCUCAGCAACAAGGCAGCGGGCGCCACGCAAGAUGUCACUCAGAUCAAGCCCCAGAAAUUACACAUCACCCUCAGGCCAGAUGAUGCGAAGCGCUUCACAGUGAAGGUGCGUCAGGUAGAGGACUACCCUGUGGAUCUCUACUACCUCAUGGAUCUCUCCUACUCCAUGAAUGACGACCUCUUCCGCCUGAGGACGCUGGGCAAGGGGCUGGCCGAGGCCAUGAACCGCACCACCAGCAACCUCCGCAUGGGCUUCGGGGCUUUUGUGGACAAGCCGCUGUCGCCUUACAUGUACAUCUCCCCCAAAGAGGCAGUGAAGAACCCCUGCUACAGCAUUAACACCACCUGCCUGCCCCAGUUUGGCUACAAACACGUUCUGUCCCUGACGGAGGAGGUGGGCCGCUUCACAGAGGAAGUGAAGAAGCAGAUGGUGUCCAGGAACCGAGAUGCCCCUGAGGGAGGCUUUGAUGCCAUCAUCCAGGCUGCUGUGUGCAAGGAGCAGAUCGGUUGGCGCCCCGGUGCGUCUCACCUUCUGAUCUUCACCUCGGACGCUAAGACUCACGUGGCUCUGGAUGGUCGCCUGGCUGGAAUCGUGCAGCCCAACGAUGGGCAGUGCCACCUCAACUCUGAUAAUAUGUACAGCAUGUCUACCACCAUGGAUUACCCAUCUUUAGCUCUGAUCACUGAGAAGAUGUCAGAGAAUAACAUCAACCUCAUCUUUGCUGUCACCAACCCUGUGGUUCCUCUCUACCAGAAUUACAGUGAGCUGAUUCCUGGCACCACAGUAGGAACACUGUCCAACGACUCGGGCAAUGUUAUUCAGCUCAUACUGAAGGCCUACGCUAAAAUCCGUUCCAAGGUGGAGCUGGAGCUUCAAGGCGUCCCAGAGGAGCUCUCCUUGUCCUUCAACGCCACCUGUCUGAAUGGAGAGCUCAUCCCUGGCCUCAAAUCCUGCUCUGGGCUCAAGAUAGGAGACACGGUCUCUUUCAGCGUGGAGGCCAGAGCUCGCGGUUGCCCCAAACAAAAGAAGAAAACCUUCAUCAUUAAACCCGUGGGCUUCAAGGACUCCCUCUCCAUCACCGUCACCUUCGAGUGCGACUGCAAGUGCCAGACCAAAGCUCAGCCCAACAGCCCCAAAUGCAACCACGGCAACGGCACCUACGAGUGCGGCAUGUGUCUGUGCCACCCAGGUCGCUUAGGGCCACACUGCGAGUGUGCAGAGGGCGACUAUAACCCCACGGAGCAGGACCGCUGCAGCGGACCCGCGGGCUCUGGAGGGCCUCAGUCCGCCAUCUGCAGCGGCCGCGGGGACUGUGUGUGCGGCCAGUGCGUGUGCCACAGCAGCGACUUUGGAAAAGUGUGGGGGAAGCUGUGCGAGUGCGACGACUUCAACUGCCUGCGCUACAAGGGGGAACUGUGCUCAGGCCAUGGCAUCUGUAACUGUGGCUUCUGUCAGUGUGCGCCAGACUGGCAGGGUGAGAACUGUAACUGCUCCAGGCGUACUGACACCUGCAUGUCCAGCGUGGGUCUGCUGUGCAGUGGGCGGGGCCAGUGUGUGUGCGGGGCCUGUGAGUGCACCCAGCCAGGUGCCUACGGGGCCACGUGCGACAAGUGCCCCACCUGCCCUGACGCCUGCACCAUGAAGAAGGAGUGUGUGGAGUGUAAGCACUUCAAGAGGGGCAAACUGUUUGACGACAACACCUGCUCACGAAUCUGCAAGGAUGAGAUUGUGCUUGUGGAUGAAUUAGUGCUCCAUGAUACAAAUGCUGUUAACUGCACUUACAAAGACGAGGAUGAUUGUGUGGAGCGUUUCCAGUACUAUGAGGACGCCAGCGGCAAGUCCAUCUUGUUUGUCGUCAAAGAGCCAGACUGCCCCAAGGGUCCAGACAUUUUGGUGGUGCUUCUGUCAGUGGCAGGAGCAAUCUUGUUCCUCGGCUUGGCAGCUCUUCUUAUCUGGAAACUGCUGGUCACCAUCCACGACAGACGGGAGUUCGCCAAAUUUGAGGAAGAGCGUGCUCGCGCCAAGUGGGACACGGGACACAAUCCUCUCUACAAAGGAGCCACAUCUACCUUCACAAACAUCACAUACAGAGGAAAAGACUGAUGCUACUGAACGAGGACGAAGAAUAAUGGAUGAAUUAAUGGACUCUUGCUGUCCUUUGCAGGAAGGAGCCGAAUCAUGUGCAGGCCUCUACUGUCACAAGACAAUAAUUAAUAAUUAUUUGUGUUUGUAAAUAUGUAGAAAUGAUUCUGAGGACACAUUUUUUAUCAGGGAUUUGUUUUAAACACCCUCGUAUACUACACUGAUAAGUAAGAUAUUGUUUUGAUUUUGUGUGAUUGACUAAGACUCUUGUGAUGUGCUGGUUUACCCAAAUCCCAAAAAACAUAUUUACUUCCCCUAGCAACAGUAUCCAGGCAUUUAUACAGUUUUUAUUUUAUUUUCCAAUAUAUUGAGACAUCUACAGAGCCCCAAAGUCCAGGAACCAAUAGUCUGGAUAACCAACAGACCAUGCUGUGGAUGGUGUUCAUACUGUUUUACCUAUGGUGGAGAAUAGUAUCAAAAGAAAGGCCAGUAAGAAACUCUUUUUCAGAGGCAGGUGAUGCCAGAAUUAUGCACAUGACUAAGUACUAAGUGGAAAAAUAUAUAAAAACAUGAUGUGGGUGAACAAAUCCUUGGAGUCUGUGGAAGAAUGAUUAUACACACACGCACACACAAAAAAAAAUCCAUUUCCUGAUCACAAUGUUGGGAUUUCCUGUUUGUGGUACUCAGUGGGACUGUGGCAAGAUAAACUGCCUGCAAAAAAGUGAUAUACUGGAGAUGGGAUGUGUUUUGGAGUAAACUGUUGAUUUACUGAAAACUGGUGCAGUUUCUUGUGUAGUGUUUUCUCCCACGUGAACAUCUUUCAUGUUUUUUUCCCUAAAAUAUGACUAAUGUCAUGUUUUUUUUCUAAUGAGCUGAACUUUGCAACCACAUAAGAGUGUCCAGUUUUGGGAUGUGAAAGACUCAGCUGAAACAGAAGAAGCUUUAUUCCAUAAUGGAUGAUUAAAGAUGUUAGUUCUCAAGACAUCUGAUUACAAAUUCAUUACAUUUUAGGGGUAUUAUUAGUUUUUUAUAUAAUAAGCAAAUGUGGAACUUUUCUAAAUUACUGAUGUUCUAUAAAGGUACAAAAGUGACUCAUAUAUGCUGUGUUUUUGUUUUAAAUGCUGAAAACUUGUUUGAUUAUUUGAAUCGGAGCAUCCUGAAACUCCAUUUCUCCAAAGACUACACAAAGACAAAUGACCAGUAUUGUGUUUUCCUGCAAAAUGCCUUGCGUGAACAGUCCACUGUCAUAUUGCUGCCCUUAAUGAGCUCUCAUCACACCCUGUCAAUAUUUCAUGUCUGUUGGUGAUUUGUUGAAUGAUCCGCCUACUCAGGAUAGUCAUCAUGAAAAUACUGAGGGCUAAAAUAAUUCCUGCUCAGACAUUAAUUUAAUUACUUUAAUGGCAACAAGGAUUUUCAGGAUAAUGACCAAAGUGAAUUAUUACAAAUUACACGUUAUAUUACAGGAAUUGACUACAGACACAGAGAGAUUAUGAACAUCUGUAUAAAUACGAUUGCAGCAAGACAUUUGAUAAAUAAUAAAUGACUGCGCAGCCUC